GUGUUCUUAUUUUAACACAUAUUAUUAUCUCAAAUGCGUGAUGUAAGGUGACUGGCACAGUGACUGACUGACUGAUGGUUAUUACUUUAUCUCAAAAAUGUUUUGUUCCUCACUUGUUUGGGGUCAUAAAAUCUGUCCAGUAGGCUAAUCCUUGUGAUGGUGAUAGUGACGGUGAAUACAUGCAGCACAUUAUGGCUGUCUACAGCUCAAACAGGCUCCCAUUGAAAAAAGCACCAAAAGCAGUGGACAAAUUUCCCUAAAAAUAUAGAAUAACUCCAAAAAGAAUUAAACAUUUGUGGGGUUUUUUUCAUUUUAUUUUGAUACUCCUUACUAAGCAUUUUUGUGUGCAAGUAGAAAAUUUAUUAUUUAUUAAGUUACAGUACACUAGACAGGAGUCCUAAUAAGUAAUGACUUCACUUCAUGCUGUACACUAUAGUUGUAUCAUUACUUUAAAUGUCAUUUUGUUCUAAAAGAUAAAGGCCUCCUCAGCUAAGGGUGAAUGACCUGGGAGUUACUGAUCUUCAGCACUCAAGCCCUGACUAAAAGCUUCUUAAGAAACCACCCUCAUUAAUGACUUUAAUAGUUAAACCAGACACUUUACAACCUUUGAACUUAGAAGUUAUUUGAACACUUGAUUGGUUUAUUAUGUGCAUGAAGUAACUUUACAAUAUUAUAGUUUUUAUUUGUUCUUCUGGCAAAGGAAAUGGCACGCCUUGUCAAAGUUCAUCUUGAGUGACACACUGGUGUAGGUCAGUGACCUGUGUGUCUUCAGUGUUAUAGCCCAACACCAUGGAUGAAUUAGUUACUUGGAUGGUUUGUGCUGAAAGCAGCUGUCAUUCCUUCACUCUACUGGUGGAACAGUGCAGAUUACAGACUUCUGACCAUUUUGUGAUUUAGACUUUUUAAAAUAUAGCAUGGACAACUUGGAGGAGACGCUAAAUAGUACAAUUCAUCCAUCAUGUUUACAGGAGCCUCCACUGGCCAUUGAUGUGAUAAGAGAACUGGAUGUAUUUGGAAUCUGCCUGUACUCCAUUCUGACCUUCAUGUCCUGCCUCUCACUGCUGCUGUAUCUGGACACCUGUGUGUAUAUUUACAAAAACCUACCAUACCCUAAAAAGAUUACUGUCAUCUGGAUCAAUGGAGCAGCACCUUGUAUUGCCACCAUGUCUUGUUUUGGGCUGUGGAUCCCCAGAGCAGUCAUGUUCACAGAUAUGACAUCAAACUGUUAUUUCGCAGUGGUGGUGUACAAGAUCCUCAUGUUGAUAGUGGAGGAGUUGGGGGGCAGCAGUAGCUUCCUGAAAAGGUUUUCUGGUCAACCCUUUUCGAUCAGUACAGGACCGUGCUGCUGCUGCUGCGUCUGCCUGCCCAAAGUCCCCAUGUCCCGACGUAUGCUGUUCUUGCUGAAGUUGGGUUCUCUACAAUACGCCAUUCUUAAAACAGUCCUCUCGAUCAUCUCCAUUAUUCUGUGGACAAAUGGAAACUUUAAUCCCGCAGAUUUGAGCAUUACUGGAGCAACCAUUUGGAUAAACCCGAUGGUAGGAGUCCUCACCAUCAUCUCCCUUUGGCCUGUGGGCAUCACGUUCAUGAACACGAGGAGGCUGCUGCGUCACCUCAAGAUGAUCCCCAAAUACGCCAUGUACCAGCUGGUCCUGGUCCUAAGUCAGCUGCAGGCUUCCAUCAUUAACAUCUUGUCCUUGAAUGGGACAAUUGCGUGUUCCCCUCCCUUCUCCUCUGUGGCCCGUGGCUCCAUGCUCAGUCAGCAGCUGAUGAUCAUGGAGAUGUUCAUCAUUACACUGGUAACUCGUUGUUUAUAUCGACGCACGUAUGACUCCCCCGAGGAGCAGGACAACACCCACAAUGGCAGCAUGGCCCUGAAGGCACCCUCUGAGGAGCAUGAUGUAUAAGACUCAUGACUAUUUUGGGACUCUAAAUGUCAAACUUUAAUAUACAUAUCUUAUAUC